AUGAUUAAGCCGGAGACGAUUCAGGCCAACAUGAAGAAGGCUCAAGACCUUACUGCACAGAAAGGGAAGGACGAAUUUGGCAAGGUCGGGAAACUUAAGGUCAGGUUCAUUGGUCCAUACAAGAUCAUCGGGAAGGUUGGUGAGGUAGCUUACCGUUUGGAUCUGCCAGCGGAUAUGCAUCUACAUCCUGUAUUUCAUGUUUCCAUGCUUCGGAAACAUAUACGGGAUCCAAGUGCUGUUGAACCCGAGAGACUAAAGGAGUUCAGGACAAACCAUACGUAUCCGGAAGGACCAAUCAGAUUGGCAGAACGGCGUAUUCGGAAGCUCAAGAAUCGUGAGAUUGCUCAAGUACAAGUGUUCUGGAGAAGACAAAACAGGAUUCAUGUUACUUGGGAGGAUGAAGCGAGAUUUAAAACCGAUCACCCGGAGUUUAUCCGAGAGGACGUUGUGAUGGAUAAAGGAGGCCCCUCAGAGCCUUAG